AUGAGCUGCCUCCUCGCCCUGCUCGCCGUGCUGUGCCUCGGCGCCGCCGCGGUGGCGCGGGCCCAGCUGACGGACGACUUCUACGACGGCUGCUGCCCGCAGGCGGAGGACAUCGUGAAGGCGCGCGUGUCCGCCGCGAUGAAGGCCGAGCCCCGCAUGGGCGCCUCCCUGCUCAGGCUCCACUUCCACGACUGCUUCGUCAACAGUGGAGGGCCGGCCUACGACGUCCUGCUGGGAAGGAGGGAUGGCCUGGUGGCAAAUCAGUCCGGUGCCAACAGUAGCCUGCCUAGCCCGUUCGAUCCCAUCAACACCAUCACAAAGAAGUUCAGUGAUGUGGAUCUGAACACAACCGACGUGGUCGUUUUAUCAGGUAUAGCUGCUAGUCCCACGCAUCUUUCACUGCACAAUACUUUCCAGCUCGUCAAGAGUAGUGAUGACUGGACAUCUAUUAACUGA